CACUAUCUUUCAUAUACGGAUACGAAACAUGGGCUUUUUACACGAAACAACCACCAAGGGGUUGCCAAUGCCUUAAUAGACCCACAUACCAUAACUGACUAUCGUCAUAGGGGCAAGUGAGCAAGGAUCGACAGGCACAAUCUCUUGUUGCCUGACCCCCAGCGUAAGGAUCACUUUCUCUCUCUUUGUCAACUGCUCGAGUAAAGAGAUGUGGCUGGUAUCCAACUUCACCAGCCCACGCUCUUUGAUACUAUUGCUAUAACAAGACUAUGACUACUGCUCCAAAACACACUCCCUAGCUAUCCGUACACCCCCGAAAUGUCACCCCCAUCCUGGGUCUUUCCGGCCAUAGCCGCUUCCACCUGGCUAGCAAUGCUACUCGCUAUGCUAGGACACUGGACUAUGAUCGGUGAACCGAGAUAUGGCUUGAUGAAGCCUGGUCAGAAUAUCCCAUUCAUUUCAGAUAUCGGAGCCCAGGAAUUAAAGCCAUUAUUCAUGAUCGGAUCUAUUACGACAGUCCUUCUUUUAAACCUCUCCUUCUACAAACAUGUUCAAAACAAAUCAUAUAUCAGCAAAGCGUGCACGCACGGUUCAUUCUUUUUCACAGUCGUCGGGAGCACCGGAUUGAUUAUGCUCUCUGUCCUCGAUAACAUCGCCCAUCAUUUCAUGCACGAUGUCUGCGUGACGAUCUUCAUUGUGGGGUUCCUCCUCAGCGCGGCCUUGAUGUGCUUGGAUUAUAUCUACCUCGGAAUUGCACAUGCUCUACGGGAGCCUGUGCUCAUGACAAGCUUCGUUAUCAAAUCUUCGUUCAUUGUCGUUGAGCUUGUCCUCAUUAUCAUCUUCCGCAUCACCGAGCAUACCCACUACCAGCAGAACAACACGGCAGCUACUCUUGAAUGGGUCAUCGCCUUUGUCUUCACUGGGUAUAUUCUUUCUUUGAUCGUCGAUCUCAUGCCGUCCGCACAAAGGAAUCUCCACAAUCCAAAGGGUUAUCAACAACUUGAGAUGAGCACGGGAAUAAGUACGGGCUUGCUGCCUUAG